AUGGCUUUCUGGGCGGGUUCAAACGUAGAACCAGCUUAUUCUUGGCCGGAACCUGCAGCAAAAACUGAAUUAAACGACGCGCCUGAAGAAAAUGUUAGUCCAACACGUAUGAAGUUGAACUCGGCCUUGAAUGCAUUGACUGCUUCGCCGGACUAUAGUCGUGUUGCGUUUGCUGCUCGUGAAGGGUUGAGAAUAUUAAACGUCAACGAAGAUGAUAGCAUGGAAGAGAUUGUUUUUAGAGUUAGACCUCUGCAUAAAUUUGGAUUGAAUGAUGUAAAAUGGGGUAAUGCUGCCACUCGACAGAAAGUAGCAGGCGCAGGCAAUACCGUAAACACUGGCAUCGUAAUAUGGGAUCUUGGCGGAUCAAAACCAAAGGUUGAGAGAAUCAUCACGGAACACACUCAAGUAGUCAAUAGAAUAUGUUUUAAUCCUACAAAUGGUCACUACCUUCUUAGUGCCUCACAUUCAUCAACUAUGAAGUUAUGGGAUUUAAGAGUACAUGAUCAAGCCUGCAUGACAUUCGAAGGUAGAUCGGACGCUGUACGUGACGUGCAAUUCAAUAAAUUAAAUUUCAACCAAUUUGCUGCUGCCUUCGAUACUGGGAUAAUUCAAAAAUGGGAUAUGAGAAGGCCAAACAUGUUUGAAAGAAGAAUCAACGCUCAUAUCGGUGCAGCUUUAGCAGUCGACUGGCAUCCGGAUGGGAAUCAUAUAGCCAGUUGCGGACGCGACAAGAAAAUUAAAAUAUGGAGCGACAAACUUGUGCAUUCAUUCUCGACCAUUCAAGGCGUCUCCCGCAUUCAGUGGAGGCCGGAUCAUCCCGACGAAAUUGCUUCCUGCGCGAUGAGCUCGGAUUGUAGGAUAUUUAUCUGGGAUGUGAGAAAGCCAUAUGUUGCGAGUUGCUUUUUUGAGGAACACGAAGAGACACCGACUGGUUUCUUAUGGAAAGACGCGGACAUCUUAUGGUCUUGUUCGAAAGACAAACUUUUUAUUCAACAAAAUAUCAGUGUGGCAUACCGCACUUCAAAGUUAAUGAACAAAAGUGCUGUUGGAUGGAACGUAUACGGCGGAAUGGCCUUUGCGCUAGUUAAGACUGCUACCGAAAACAAGCCUAACAUGGCACAUGGUGGGCUAUCACGGCGUGUAUCAAAGCCUCACUUGUCUGGUUUCGGUGAACGCGACAAGUUUCAUCAAAAAGCUGGAAUGUUUAAUUCAGCAUUUGACCACAAGGCAUUCAGAUAUCUUACCGAUAACUAUGAGCUUGAAGCGGACAAUAUUGCUGCUGCUUGCGAAAAGAACGCAAAGGCUGCAUUAGAUGUACAAAAAUAUAGGACAUCACAAACAUGGAAAAUGGUAGGGCUUCUAUUUGGACGGACAACGUCAACAAGAAUUGAAGAGAAUGAGAUUCGAGACAAUACCGAAAUACCCCGGUCAUCUGACUACUUUACUGCAAAAGAGACGCAUGAGGAAGGAAAAGAUGAAGUUAUAGGAGAGCAAAUACAGCCUCCCUCGCCUGACGCAACUACCGCGCAAAUCGAUACAAAGGAGGAUGAGAAUUUAAACGGCGGCGUUGCAUUCGACACUGAAACUGACAAGACAAUCGAUCUCUCACACGACGACUCCGCGUCAGAUUCAGAUGACGACUAUCAAAUUGAAAAAGAAAUUAUUCCAGAUGUGAAUCCUCCACCACCUCCAGUGAGCAAGGUCAAAAUGACUGCUGUUAUAAGGGCUUGGGAUCAUGAGCCUGUGAUACAAAGCGUCCUGGAUUAUUACGCAGAGCAGGCGGAUGUUCAGAUGUGUGUUGCAUUGGUGCUCGUGCUUGGCGACCGGAUAAACGUCAGUCGGGAACGCAAAGAACCAUGGUUUUGUGCGUAUAUUGAACUACUUCAGCGGUUUCAGCUUUGGACAGCGGCUGCGACUGUCAUUUCAUUAUGUGAUAUCCCGUCUAUAAGACAAAUGAACCAGGAGUCUACUACAAUAUACACGAAUUGUAAUAGUUGCGGAAAAGCCUUGACCUCAAAGAACGGGUUCUGGUCUUGUCAAAGAUGCCGCAAACUAUUGAGUUCUUGUUCUAUAUGUCAUACUACUGUUAAAGGCCUCUACGCAUGGUGUCAAGGUUGCAGUCACGGUGGACAUCUUCAAUGCUUGAAAGGCUGGUUUAAGGACAGGCCUGAAUGCCCAACUGGGUGCGGACAUAGAUGCGGUCCAAAAGUAACACGUACAUGA